UCUGGAAGAGGGAAAACUAACAAAUAUAAUUGAGUUUAAAUGUUAUGAAGCAAACACCCAGGGUCCCUGUAUGCCUAAUCUUAAGUUUGUACAAGUUAAUGGUUCAACAGGAGUUGGACACUGUAAAGAGCACUGUAUUGAGAACGGAGAAAGAUGUGGAACUAAGACAUGUAAAGAUCUGAAACAGGAUCCCUUGUUAAAUCAUCAGGGAGGUGUUGAUUGUGCUUGCCCUGUGGGUCAAGUUCAGGAUGAGAAUGGUGAAUGCCAAGUAGAGUUUACGGAAGGAACUAACUGUGCUCCAGGACAAAUUAUUCUACCAAAGGCAUUAGCUGCCAGAUACACUGAUGUUAAGUGUGAUGCAGACUACAGCUGCGAAGAUAAGUGUAGUGAGGGGGAAAAUAUUUUCAAUAACGUUUUGGAAACUAAGUUUAAUCAGUUUAAUCAUAAAUGUUCUGACGAAGGAAAAAUUAAGAGCUGCUGUUUAAAAUCCAGGAAACAUGCGAGGGAACACUUUUUAAACAAAUUGUCAAAAGUACACAUUCAACUGGGUGUAUGUGUAAACAACCCUUGUACUGCAGGAACCAGUUUAUUUGUAAGCAAUGAGGGGAAACUGGAAUGCUUUCAGUUGAAAAGUCCAGCUGUCAUCAAAUGUAAAGACUUUUUAUCAAUAGAAGAUGAAAAACUAACUUGUGAAAAAGUCAGUGGAAAUCUUACACCGUUGUCUUUUCUAACAAAACAAAAAAAGGAUUGUGCCAGGGGUAGAAUAUGGAGCAGUUACAGAAGGAGCUGUGUACCAACCUUCGGAUGAACAUUUGUGUAAAUAAAAAUGUAAAUAAUAAUAAAAUAAAUCUAAAUUUAGCAAAA